AUGCCUGCUGUAGGAGCUAAUAUGGGAGGAGGCCAAUCGACCUUUGACAAAUGGAAGAUGGGCGCAAUGAUGGGUAGCACUGUCGGGGUUAUUAUUGGUUUCAUAUUCGGCUCAACAAACAUUAUGCGCUUUGGUGCGGGACCCAAUGGAGUUAUGCGGACACUGGGCCAGUACAUGAUCGGAUCCGGGGCAACCUUUGGGUUCUUUAUGUCUAUCGGCAGCAUGAUUCGAACAGAUACCGUCUCGCAACAAGCUCUCGAAACCUUUGCCCGCUCUCAUCGAAGGGUGAUUAUCAUGCCCCGAGACUCCUAUCGACCUAACCGCGACUGA